AUUGCCACAGCGCGAAACCUGGUGCAUCUCUUACACAGCACGCGACACGAUACAACUCGGUGCUGAGGUCAGAUUGCGGACUGGCAAGAUGACGGCUGAGUCCAUGGACGGCAUCACUCGCGGCCUGGAGAAGUUGGACUUUCACCACCCGUACACGCCCUACGAUGUCCAGGAACAGUUUAUGAAGACCGUUUUUGAUGUGCUGGAAGCUGGAGAUGGACAUGUUGGCAUCCUGGAGAGUCCAACAGGGACGGGAAAAUCACUCUCACUAAUUUGUGCAUCUCUAACGUGGCUGCGGCAUCACAAGUCCAGCAAAUUCGAGGCCUCACUCCAGGCUUCUGCUGACGCUUACAAGGACGAGCCAUCCUGGCUCGUCGACCAGCUCCUCCGUCGCAAGCGAGACGAGCUCGUCAAUAGGUGGGAAGACCGAGAGAAGCGACUUGAAAACCUCAGACUCAAAGAGAAAGCCCUCGAAGAGCGUGGUCGCAAACGACGGCGUAUCGAAGAUGCAUCACUGACCGGCUCCCGUGUGAUCGAUGAAGAUGCCGAGUGGCUGCUGGAUGACGUUGAUGACCGCGACUCAGGUCCUCAGGAUGCCCUGUCCGGCCUGAGUAAAGAGUCGCGAGAAGUUUUGACGAGCAUCGGCCUGGGUGGCCCAAGAGGCCGGGCCGACGACGAAGACCUCCUCGAGGAAGAAAUCAAGAUCUAUUACACUUCAAGAACACAUUCCCAGCUCUCCCAAUUCAUUACCGAACUCCGUCGUCCCACAUUCCCACCCUCGCUGCCUCCGUCCCUCGCCAAGGACGACCAGUCUAAAACAGAAGCUGUGAAGCUGCUGCCUCUGUCGUCUCGUCAAAGGCUCUGUAUCAACCCCUCAGUCUCCCGACUUGGGUCCGUCCAGGCCAUCAACGACCGCUGUUCCGAGCUUCAGCAAUCGAAGUCGAAAAAUAAGUGUUCAUUCGUCCCCAAGGAGGAGCUUCUUUCGCAGACCCAUCAAUUCCGCGACUCUGCCCUUGCCACACUUCCAGAUAUCGAAGAUCUCCAUCAACUUGGCAAAUCCCUCGCCGUCUGCCCCUAUUAUGCAUCUCGAGCUGCCUUGCCAGGAGCCGAGAUUAUUACACUUCCGUAUCCACUACUCCUACAAAGAAGCGCGCGAGAGGCCCUCGGAAUCAAGUUGGAAGGGAACAUUGUCAUUAUCGAUGAAGCACAUAACAUCAUGGAUGCGGUAGCGAACGUGCAUGCAGCGGAGAUCCGAAGGAGCGAUCUCAAAAGAGCACGGGGCAUGCUGGGAAUCUAUGUCAGGAAGUUUGGCAAGAAACUGAAAGGUGUGAAUCGAGUGAAUGUUGGUAGGGUCGGCAGAGUCAUUGAAGGACUCAGUGAAUGGAUGGAAGGAGCUCUGAAGUUCAAGCAAGAGAACGGCAUUGUAGAUGCAAACGAUCUCACCAGGCCGAAGGGCAUUGAUCAGAUCAACAUGUUUGAACUGAUCCAGUAUAUCCAGGAGUCGAAGCUGGCGUACAAGAUUGAGAGUUACGUAUCCCAUGUCGAGAACGAGGAUGCAACGGGUAAAGCGUCACCGAAGUCUAGCACUCCCGUCCUUCAUACUCUGGUGGCAUUUCUUGUUGCUCUCACCAACCUCAGUUCCGAGGGACGGAUAUUCUACGAAAAGAUCAAGGAUCCUGCGCCAGACAUUAAACUCUCCUACCUACUUCUAUCACCGACGCAUGCAUUCUCCUCCAUUGCAUCAAGUGCGAGAGCGGUGGUCCUCGCGGGUGGAACAAUGUCGCCCUUUGACGACUUCAAGGACCAUCUGUUUCCGUCGCUGGGAACUGACAAGGUGACUACACUGAGCUGUGGCCAUGUUAUUCCACCGGAGAACCUCUGCGUCUGGACACUUGCAACGUCUCGACCGGGAAUGGCCCCAUUCGAAUUCAGCUACCAGCGUCGCGGUGACUCAGAGAUGAUAACACAGCUGGGACUCGCUAUUCUGAACCUGUGCUCCCUUGUUCCAGACGGUGUCGUCGUGUUCUUUCCGAGCUAUGGCUAUCUUGACGAAGUGGUUGCGGUAUGGGAGCAAAAGCAGGGGGCAAAUGGUCAGCCCAUAUGGGAUCGACUGGGGUCUCGGAAAGCACUGUUCAAGGAGGCACGAGGCGGGUCCAGUGACGAGGUUCUCCAGGAAUAUUCCCAGGCAAUCCUAGGCGAGUCCAGCAACGGCAAGGGUGCACUCCUUCUCAGCGUCAUCGGCGGGAAGAUGUCGGAAGGCAUCAACUUCUCAGAUCGGCUAGGGCGGUGCGUUAUUGUCAUCGGCCUUCCAUACCCUAAUAUUGCGUCGCCUGACUGGAAGGCCAAGAUUGAGUAUAUUGAGACGACCACAAAGGCCAAUUUGACCUCUCAAGGUGUAGGCAAUGAGAGCGCCACGGCGCGGGCUAAACAGGCGGCCCGAGAUUUCUACGAAAACGCCUGCAUGCGGGCCGUUAACCAAAGUAUCGGUCGAGCGAUCCGGCACCAGGGAGACUACGCAGCCAUUGUGCUCGUGGAUCGACGGUAUGGAACGGAGAGAAUCCGUGGCAAGCUUCCGGGGUGGAUUCGUGGUGGCCUGGUUGGAGACAGUCACGAGAAGGGCCUCGGAGGGCUAAUGGGGGCAGUCGGAGGAUUUUUCCGAGGAAAGAAGAAGACGAUGAAAUAGACGAAUAUGAGAGGCUUUUUUUGGCCGCGGGAAACAUUACCAUGCCACCAGCAAGGCGUGUUUUCUUCUGUGGGAAUCACCUCACCUCGCCUCACCUCGCCUCACCUUGUCGACUUGGGAAAUUCGAGACCCUCUGGCGGAUGCACAACAACUGGCAAAUGCACCCCG